CUUAUAAAAACACACUGGGUGGGGCAUCGUGGCAGCAAUACAUUAUUGGAUUAAUGCUUGGGUAAGUCUCAAUGGUGUUGAAAUUUGAUUAGAAAAUGUCUAUGCAUGCUGUGUGUGAGUUUGCACGUCACCACUGUGUGUGCAUUUAUUUGGUGUGUGUCUGUCUGCUGUGUUUGUGGUGUGUUUUUGUAUGUUCUGCUCUGUGUGUCUGUGCUGUACCCGUGGAUAUGGUAUGUGUGUGUUUGUUUUGCCUACAGUGUCUACAGCAGCCCUCAGGGAUAUAACGCUACCACAGUGGACAAACCUUGCAUGCUUAGAGCCACUAUUACAUCCAGCCCCUCGGAUUCCAACCAACCUGUCCAGCACCAGAGCCAGCAACCCAGACCAAACCAGCAGCAGGUCAUUAAGCAGCAGCACCAGAGCCAGCAACCCAGACCAAACCAUCAGCAGGUCAUUAAGCAGCAGCACCAGAGCCAGCAACCCAGACCAAACCAUCAGCAGGUCAUUAAGCAGCAGCACCAGAGCCAGCAACCCAGACCAAACCAUCAGCAGGUCAUUAAGCAGCAGCACCAGAGCCAGCAACCCAGACCAAACCAGCAGCAGGUCAUUAAGCAGCAGCACCAGAGCCAGCAACCCAGACCAAACCAUCAGCAGGUCAUUAAGCAGCAGCACCAGCCAAGCUUCAGUCCCACUCCAAUAUAUAGGAGACUCACAACCUGGCAGCACAAGGACAACACCAAUACAGACAACACCGUCAAGACUAACAGCCCUCACAGUAACCGAAUCAAGAGACAGGUGGACAUGACGUCCCAGAACGUGUUGGGUCAGCCGCGUGUCCUGGCCUCUCUGCGCGGCCCGCCCUCUCCACGACAGACCCACAAGACAACUAACCUAGAGGAGGAACUGAGGCUCAUCAUACUGGACACAGAGGACUCAGGGAGGGAUGCAUCCUGCCGUCAUAGCCUCUCUACAGAGAUCAGCCUCGGCAGUGGUCCCCUGGAUUCCAGUCUGGCAUGUUCCCCAGUCUCUGACUGCCCAGAGCUGGAGGGGCUUGAGGAUCUGUCUGCCUCUGAGCUGUCUCUGACAGAGGGCUGGGACCCUGGGCACAUCCCCCUACAGGCCCCUGCCUGGGGCAUGGAGUGGAGCAAACUUGUCAAUGCUGCCAAGGCCUAUGAAGCAAAGAGGACAGUGGAGCCCAUUCCUCCCAGCAAGUCCAAGAAGCAUGGAUCAGAGGGUGGACCUGCUGCUUGCCCACCUAAUCACUACCCUCCUCAGGGCUACAAUGCCCAGCCCACAUUAAGAAGUGAAGUGCCCAGUGAUCUGUCAAGACUUCACCACCUGGAGGCGCUGCUGAGACACUUGGAGAGCAACCUGGAGAAGGAAAGGGAGGAUAAAGUAGCCCUGAUGGAGGAAGUGACAAUUCUGAGAGAGACCAACCAGCGCCUGUGGGAGGAGUCUCUUUCAUCCAACGAACAGCUCCGUAAACUCAGCCUGUUGUUCAACAUGGCCCCAGGAAUGAUGCCAAGAGAGAGAGAAUGACCAGCGACACUAAGAGGAGAGAGAGAUGAUUUGAAAAGAGGAGUAGAGGGAAAAAAUGGUUUCAACAAAGAUAGUACCUUGAAACAGAGUUUACAAAUGUAAAUUGUCUUCAAAAUGUGAUCAGAGAAAGAGGACAGAUCACGGCGAGUUACCAGAGUUUGCUUGUGGAGGUUACUUAUGCUGGGACAGUGACAUGUACGAGCUGGCUAAAUGCUUGAGUUGUUAGCCAGUUCAGCUUUACACAGUUGGUACGUUUUAACUCCAUGACAUUGGAAUAUUUCAGUUGUGUAAUUCUCAUGUCCUCUCGCCUCUCCUGCUUGUCAAAGCCCAUUGGAUGAGAAAACCGGAGGUCCAUCCCCUCUGACCUUCUCCACCAAUGGGUACAAUAAAAUAUUUAAGAAGGCACUGCUGA